ACGGCCAUGCUGCUCACCGUGUUCUGCCUGCGCCGCGACCGCUCCGAGAUCACCUUCAGCCUCCAGGUGGACGCCGACUUCGAGCUCCAGAACUUCCGCGCCCUCUGCGAGCUGGAGUCCGGCAUCCCGGCGGCCGAGAGCCAGAUCGUUUAUGCCGAGCGGCCGCUGACCGACAACAACAGGUCCUUGGCCUCCUAUGGCUUGAAGGACGGGGACGUGGUGAUCCUGCGCCAGAAGGAGACGGUGGAGCCCCGGCCUUCCAUCCGCUUCCCAGGUCUGCCCAGGAUAGACUUCAGCAGCAUCGCCGUGCCCGGGACGUCCUCGCAGCAGCCCCAGCCGCCGGCACAGCGGCCUCGCCCGUCGCCCCCGGAUGCUCCGGCGUUCCCGCAGGGCCUGGACAACCCCGCGCUGCUGCGGGAGAUGCUGCUGGCCAACCCCCACGAGCUGUCCCUGCUCAAGGAGCGCAACCCGCCCCUGGCCGAGGCCUUGCUGAGCGGGGACCUCGAGAAAUUCACCAGGGUGCUGCUGGAGCAACAGCAGGACCGAGCCCGGCGGGAGCAGGAGAGGAUCCGACUCUACUCCGCUGACCCCUUUGAUCUCGAGGCACAGGCCAAGAUAGAAGAAGACAUAAGGCAACAAAACAUUGAGGAGAACAUGACGAUAGCGAUGGAAGAGGCGCCCGAGAGCUUCGGGCAGGUGGUGAUGCUCUACAUCAACUGCAAAGUCAACGGGCACCCCGUGAAAGCCUUUGUGGACUCAGGUGCCCAGAUGACCAUCAUGAGCCAAGCCUGUGCUGAGAGGUGCAACAUCAUGAGGCUGGUGGAUCGGCGGUGGGCCGGCAUCGCCAAGGGCGUGGGCACGCAGAAAAUCAUUGGCAGAGUGCACUUAGCUCAGGUGCAGAUUGAAGGGGAUUUCCUGGCGUGCUCCUUCUCGAUCCUGGAAGAGCAGCCCAUGGACAUGCUCCUAGGACUGGAUAUGCUUAAGAGGCAUCAGUGCUCCAUCGACCUCAAGAAGAACGUUCUGGUGAUCGGCACGACGGGCUCUCAGACCACGUUCCUGCCGGAGGGGGAGCUGCCGGAGUGCGCCCGCCUGGCCUACGGCGCGGGGCGCGAGGACGUGCGGCCCGAGGAGAUCGCCGACCAGGAGCUGGCAGAAGCAAUACAGAAAUCCGUGGAGGAAGCAGUUGCUGCUAGGUGGUUCCAGGAAAACCAAGAGAGGAAAGAACAGGAAACGGAAGAAGGAGAGAAAGAGAACGUGAGGAAGCACCGCAGAAGCUCAGCUCACUACAAGAUGUGUGUUCUUUCCUAAGAGCUGGAAUUUUUGCUGCCUGCCAGGAGCUGGUACAACACCAAAGGCUGCAUGCACCUGGAGGCUAUUAAAGUGCUCGUUUUGAAUGCACCUGGAUUAUCCCUGAGCUUUAUUUAAUCCCUGAAGCCCACUUAAGGGAGCCUCAUGACUUCUGUCAGCUGACCUGCCGGUGGUUGAGACCUCCAGGAGGCAGCUGAGGUGGUGGUGGAGCCCUGCUGUGGUUCACUGGGAUCCGGAUCCUCCACGUCCUCAUUAUCUCUGAGGGCUUGGUGCUCUUCUGUGCCAAUUUCCCAUCACUGGAGAAACUCUGUGAUCUUGGGGAUUCCCCAAACCUGGCAGCAAAACUGGAGCUGUUUGAGGAGGAGGAAAGGAAGUGUAGCCAGGCAGGUCACCCCAUACACAGCUGUUCAUCCAGGCAGCCUCGGUCCGAGUUGCUGCCACCACACACAACUCGGGCUGUUCCCGAUUUAAAUUCCUGAGGGGAAUUUAUCCCUGAUGGUGCACUUUGUGGGGAAGAGUUUGUUCCUGGUAUUAGCUGGAUCGAUAUCCCGGAUGGGGCUGGGGCUCAGCCCCAGGAGGAGGAUGACACAGAGCAGUGCUUGGCAGAAAACCAGCUCCUGCUGCUGCCUAAAUGCAGCUCCCCAGCCCGUUUGAUCAGACCCUCAGUAAUGAUCCAACGGGUCAAAAGACAGUUCUGCUUCCUCCCUAAAGGGUUGAUUUGGGAACAGAGAGCGAGAACGUAAUCCUUCCACGUAGAAACAGGAAGGAUCCCUCUGGUUUCCAUCCAUAUCCUGUGUCACAAGGCUUUUCCCUUAGGAAAGAUGAGCAGUGCAUCAGUCUGAGGGGUGGUAUCACAGCACAUACUGCACCAGUUCUUGUUAACAGAAUAAAAAACAAGAGGCUGAGGAGAGAAAGGCAGGUUCCAAGUUGUGGCAUUUAAAGCAAAUCCUGGCUGUAGGUGUGGGCAUGGUGAGCUGUGUCCCUGUACUCCUGUAAAUAGGGGAAGACUUCAGGAAAAAGCAGUGUUUAAGACCACUGAGUUUGGGAAGGGAAAGGGAGCUCGUGCAGCACAGAAUGUGGAUGUGUGAGCUGGGAGGAGCAGGGCUGUGGUGGCAGGACAGAUCCGACCGCAAAGGUCAGUGAGUGAUUUAACGAGAGUGCUGAUACCUCAGCUAGGUUAGACUGUCAGCAAGAUAAGGUCACCUCUUUAAUCUCUCCUGAUAACCAGAGCAGUGUUUGGUGCUACUGGUAGACACCUGCAAUUCACCCAGUCUCGUGGGGAGAGGGAAGCAGCGAGCUGGGCUUGGCUUCUGCCCGAUUCUCGUUCGCUUUGCUCUUCCCAGCUCCUUUGGGGGAUUCCUUUCCCCCUUGGAUCUGCACCCUUUUGCAGCAGGCUGGUGAUUGCUCGCCUUCUCUUGCCUGUGGUGGCACUGCUGGGAGCACAGCCCGAGAAUGGUGCAGCCAUCUCAGUUCUCAUAUCCCUGAAACGUGUCUCCUGAAUGUCUCCAGCCAGAGGGGAAGCAGACCAGUAGACACAUGUGCCGUGUGGUUUGCCGAGUGUGUAGCAUCACCCACGGACCGCUCUGCAGCACAGACAGUACACGGCAACCUUUAAAUUGUUCUUUGGCAGAGCUGUCUUGACUCGAUGUACCGAAUUUCCUGGGCAGGAUCCUUCUGGGAGGCAGGAGCUGCCGCAGCCUCCGCGCUGUCUCGCCCGGACGAUGGGAGGGGAGCUGAGCAGGGCUGUGCCCGUGCAUGGUGUGUGCUCUGAAUGCUAACACGAGUUUGGUGUGUUUGUUUCCUA